UCUCUCGGCCACACCUUCUCUCUCUCUCUCUCGCUCACUCUCUUUCUCUCUCGUUUGCUGAGCUUCUGGUUCCCUGUCACUAUACAGGAAGCCUUAGUGAGAGCAAAUAGGAGAGGAAGCAUGGUUGGAUAGUUUACUUCAGACUUUGCAGAGCAGCCUGUUUUCCCGGGAGGUGCACCAGUGGAUGAUCGUCUUCCUUCUUUGGAUCCUGUCGUGCCAUCUGCGCUGAUAUUUGACCUUUGAACUUAAAGCUCUCUCUCAAAGAUGACUCGAGACAAGACACUACCAUGAUUGAGUGCCUCUUGUGUUCCAAACAGCAUGGAUUUCUUCUUCCAGCGUCAUUUCCAUCGAUGGCACAAGAGACAGAAGUUUCCUUCGACUGUCUGUCAACCCGGACCUGCUGUCCUGGUCAGCAAAGCACGGAGGCGUUCAAGUAUCGGCCUCCCCUCCGUAGCGCUACUAGAGAGCAGGCGCUCCUCUAGCGGUUUGCCACUGCUUCCUUAUCAGAGGCGUCCCAGUGUUGGUGUUUUGGUGGCCAGCGGACAGAGGCGACAGUCCAUUAAAGAUGCGACUUGUACCAGCUCAAGCCAAUCAGAUGAAGAAACCGGACUCGAGAGGCCAAUUAUGAGAGAAUGGAGACCAUCUCAAUACAAACGUACUGCUCGCCGCUCUUCCGCUUCCUUCUCUGGCGGGCACCGAAGAAUGGCGGUGCGAUACUGUCACCCAUCUAAAGAAAAAUCCAUUGAACCUCAUUUGCUUGGUUCCUCCAUGUUGCUUGCGAGUGUUGUCCAGAUGGGCAGCGGUGUGAAAGAAAAAUCCUCCGUCUCACUUUGUUCCUGUGCUGGGUCCGAUGGGGUGCAAGCCGUCGGCCAGCAAGUGGGGGACCAAACAGUUAGCAGAAAAGAUGACUGGCCCAGAUCUCGAGUGCACGCAGCCCAAGCCGCUAUGAAGAAACGCAUUAAACCUCGACCUUUCCUCCGACCUCCUCGCUGUCUAAGACGGAACUCCUCCCAUCUCCUCCCAGCUGAGUCUGUCUAUCACAACAGCGAAUUGAUUUACGGGCUUUAUGGUCGCUAUUAUCGACGAAGAUCGAGUCGAGGUCCUCACCCUCAAAAUACAAUCUUUCAGACUUCCACCAGCAGCCUCACUCUGAAGCAAAUGGAUUCAACCGAUCUGAAGUCGGAUCCUGAGGCACUGCCUAGUGAACUCCCUGAAAGCUGCUCUUCACCUAUCAGUAGAUCAGAGGGGUUGACAUACUAUGAUCCAUAUCUGGAAACAUGGGAGAACUUCCUAUCAAAAGCAAUAGCAAAAUCCAGCCUACCCUGUCAGCCAAGUACUUCAUCUUUCAGGCAAACAGAACCAGAAGCAAUCAUCAGCAGCACUGUUGACUGGACCGAGUCUGCUCAGUGUGGGGAUCAUAUCUGGUUUGAGACGAAUGUGUCUGGGGACUACUGUUAUGUUGGAGAACAACACUGUAUUGCCAGAACACUGCAAAAGUCAGUCACCCGGAGAAAGUGUGCUGCCUGCAAGAUAGUUGCUCACACGAUCUGUAUUGAACAACUGGAGAAGAUUAAUUUCAGAUGCAAGCCAUCUUUCAGGGACUCUAGUCUCAAAAACAUUCGAGAGCCCAACAUUGUACGUCAUCACUGGGUGCAUCGAAGAAGACAAGAGGGAAAAUGUAAACAAUGUGGCAAGGGCUUCCAGCAGAAGUUUGCUUUCCACAGUAAAGAAAUUGUUGCCAUUAGCUGCUCUUGGUGCAAACAGGCGUUUCACAACAAGGUGUCCUGUUUCAUGUUACACCAAAUUGAGGAGGUUUGUCCAAUAGGAGCUCACGCUGCCCUCAUAGUUCCGCCCUCGUGGAUUGUUCGAGUCCGACGUUGCCAGUGUCAGCAGUGUUGCCACACUCAAGCAGGAGAAAACUUAAAACAUGAUCAGCAGUCAGGAGCAUCAAUGAAGUCCAGUAAAAAGAAAAAAAGGACAUCAUUCAAGAGAAAAAGCAGUAAAAAAGGAGCUGAGUACUCACUGGAUGUACGGCAGUGGAAGCCCUUCAUCAUCCGGCCUAUUCCUUCCCCGUUGAUGAAACCGCUGGUGGUGUUUGUCAACCCUAAGAGUGGAGGAAAUCAGGGCACAAAAAUCCUUCAGUCCUUCAUGUGGUAUCUGAACCCAAGGCAGGUUUUUGACCUGAGCCAGGGAGGACCCAAAGAGGGAUUGGAGUUAUAUCGCAAAGUUCACAACCUGAGGAUUCUCGCCUGUGGAGGCGAUGGAACUGUGGGGUGGAUCCUGUCUUGCCUUGAUGAACUUGGGUUGAAUCCUCAACCUCCUGUUGCUGUGUUACCGCUUGGGACAGGAAAUGACCUUGCUCGGACUCUCAAUUGGGGAGGGGGUUAUACAGACGAACCCCUGUCCAAGAUCCUGUCUCAUGUUGAGGAUGGAAGUGUGGUCCAACUUGAUAGGUGGAAUCUACACGUUGAAGCCAACCACAGUGCAGGGGCUGAAGUGGAUGAACAGCAAAGUGAUAAGCUUCCCCUGGACGUGUUCAACAAUUACUUUAGCCUUGGCUUUGACGCACAUGUGACUUUAGAGUUCCAUGAGUCAAGAGAGGCCAACCCAGAGAAGUUUAACAGCCGUUUCAGGAAUAAGAUGUUCUAUGCUGGGACAGCAUUCUCGGAUUUCCUUAUGGGAAGCUCCAAAGACUUUUCGAAACACAUCCGAGUUGUGUGUGAUGGGACCGAUUUAACAUCAAAAAUUCAAGAAUUGAAGCUCCAAUGUCUGGUCUUUCUCAACAUUCCCAGGUACUGUGCUGGUACCACGCCUUGGGGAACCCCAAGUGAUCAUCACGACUUUGAACCUCAGCGCCAUGACGAUGGGUACAUUGAGGUCAUUGGAUUCACCAUGACAUCAUUGGCUACUCUUCAGGUUGGUGGUCAUGGCGAGCGGUUGAAUCAGUGUCGGGAAGUAACCCUCACCACCACAAAGGCGCUCCCUGUACAGGUGGAUGGGGAACCAUGUAGACUCGCUCCCUCCAUCAUCAACAUCAGCCUGAGAAACCAGGCCAACAUGUUCCAGAAAACCAAACGGCGCACAUCGUUGCCCCACCUCAAUGACCAACAGCCAGUCCCAGAAAGGUUGAGGCUUCGAGUCAGCAGAAUCAGCAUGAGUGACUACGACGCUCUGCACUAUGACAAGGACAAAUUGCGACAAGCGUCUAUUCCACUGGGACUAAUAGUGGUUCCCGGAGACAGCGAUUUGGAGACAUGCCGAGAACAUAUCCAGCGUUUACAAGAGGACUUCUCCUUUGUCCACUCCUCUUUAAGAUGUGUGGGACUUCAGGAGGAAGCUGUCAAGACGAAGAAUCUUUCCUCACAGCGGUUGUCACCAAAGUGGUGUUUCCUUGAUUCUACAACAGCUGACCGUUUUUACAGGAUAGACAGAGCACAGGAACAUCUCAACUAUGUGUCCGAAAUUUCCCACGAGGAACUCUUUAUCCUAGACCCGGAACUGAUUGUCACAAUGACAGUCGGCACGUCUCCAACUGCCAUGCCUGACCUGGUUCAUCCUUCUUCUAGCUUGGCUGACAACGGGGAAAACAGUUUGAAUCAGAACCCAGACGAUGUGUUUGUCUUCCCUGUGGAUUCGUGUCAUUCUCCAACCUCACCCUCUUCUUACAAGAUGAACAGUGACAGCUCUGCCUCAGCACUGAGUUCAACACCUGAGGUUCGAAAACUACGAAGGUUAGUCACCAGUUGCAUAACAUUACAUAAAUGCUGGCUCCACAGCGACGUUGUCGUUUUUUUAUACCCUUUUAUUUCAUGCUCUUACUGCUUUGUGAUUUACAGAAAAGGUUGCAUCCAGCGCUCUGUCACCACUAAUGAUGAGCUUAAGCCAGUAAUGAGACAUGAAAUGGAUCAAAGGUCAAGUGAUGCAGGUGGAGGAGAAGAAGAAAAAGAGCUGCUGAUUCAGUGUGUAAAGAGCAACAAUAUGAAGAAGCUGCAGGAGCUGCAUGAGAAAGGAUGUGACCUCACAUGUGUCGACCAAUCAGGCUGCAGCCUGCUGCACCAUGCUGUCAGUGCAGGAAGCAAAGAGAUGGUCCGUUUCAUCCUUGACAAUGCUCCAAAUGACCUUAUUGAUUUGACGGAACACAUACACGGCGAAACAGUUCUUCAUCGGGCCGCAUCACUGUGUCACAGGACCAUCUGUCAUUACUUAGUAGAAGCGGGAGCCUCACUGAUGAAAACUGACAUGCAGGGUGACACCCCAAAGAACCGGGCUGAGAAAGCUCAAGAUGCCGAGCUGGCAGCUUACCUGGAGAACCGGCAGCACUACCAAAUGAUCCAGAGGGAAGACCAAGAAACAGCCGUAUAGGCGUCUUCAGAACCAGAGUGCAAGGAGCAGCCAAGUGAGAUGUGCCAAACGUUAGCAUGAUGAGGACAAAUAAUAAACCUAUUGAUCAAGAAACAACUCAGGACAUUUCCUGUAGUCUCAGUAGAUCAUAAACAGCAUGUGAUGAGUCCAGGGUUACAGAAACAUUUGAAAUAUCGUAGACGCCGUACUUAUACUUUUACAUUCUGAGUUACCAAAAUUGACAUUCCCAUGAAGGGGUCAUUCAUGUCAAUGUGUUUUUCUGUUCGGACCCAAGUUUCCCUCCACAUGACUGACGAAGCAUAAACAAAACUAGAAGCCUUUAGCAAGUGUGUUGCUAUUCUCUUGCCUUUUUACAUCGUAAAUGUGUGCAUAGUAAAUUAUUUUAUAAGUUGCUUGCACAGCGGCUAGCCAAAUAUUCACAUACCAAAAACAAAAAAUAAGAAUCACAUUUAUUUGUUGGAAACUUAAGCAUUUGAUGUUAGCAUCUUUGACUUGCAAGAUCUUUUACUAUUAUUUAUACUUGCCAAUUACUAUAUCCUACAAGUAAGUUGAUACACUGGUUGUGAAAUACUUUGUUGUUGUGUUUUGCCACAUCUAACGUCGUUUGUGCAUGUCUUGAGGUAAUAAAACGUUUUCCAGUGG